AAACUAUCAAACCGGUAGAGUAGUCAUAGAUACAGGUAGUGAGUGUUGUUAAUUCGCAGAAAAACUAGGUUUACCGAUGAAAAUGAGCGCUGCUACUAUUCAUGGACUAGGAGACGAGGGCUGCGCGCAGAUGAUGUGCAAAAGGUGCAAGCACGUCUUUUGUUGGUGUUGCCUCGCCAGCCUGGACGUGAGUACAUUUGGUUGUAGCUUAGUAGAUACUUCCUAUCUUCGCAUCUGCUGGGAAAAAUAUUCUGAUUAAUUUUUUUUUUUUUGAAUAAUCUCAUUCAAAAAGGACCGACACCCUUCAAGGCCGUAAAUUGCAUCAAAAAUCGAUAUUUUUUUUUUAACCGUUUGCACUCCAGACAAAGUUGUUUUAGAGUUUUUG